AUGAGGUAUUCCAUCAUAUUCACUGCGCUUGUUGCUAGCGCUUCUGCAAGUGACAAACCGGCCGUGAGCCCCGUACUGCUCAAGUCUCAAAUCCUGCGUGAUAACUUGUUGGCCAGUGUGCGAAAACUGGAAGACUUUGCCAAUACUGAUUAUACUGCGGAGGUAGCUGACAAGAUUACCCUCAUAGCCCGUGGGACAUGCGACUAUGGUAUCAAAUCUGCUUAUUCUGGCCCCGCUGGAGCUGUCGGAUCUAUUCUGUACAACAUCGAUGACAGAGGCCCUGAAGACGGCACUCUGCUCGCUCCUCCUCGGCCUGAGGGUCCAUACGUCCCUACCCUGAAUAUCAUCAAGAAUGUAUCUACUCCCAUAGUCGCGGCACUCAAACGCGGAGAAAAGAUAUCUGCCAGUUUUGAUGUCUACUCAGACAUCCGCAACAUCACUUCAUCAAACCUCAUUGCUACCACCAAAUCCGGUGACCACAACAACAAGCUCAUUGUCGGUGCUCACUCGGAUGGUGUGCUUGAGGGCCCAGCAAUCAACGACGUUGCAAGUGGCCUAAACGCGGUAACAUUUGCCUUUUGGACCACCCAACUGGCCGGUUAUCUUCCCGGCUCAACACAUUUCAUCAAGAACCUCACUCCAGCUGACAAUGCCAAAACCCGCGCUUAUUUGAAUUUCGAUCUGCAGUACUUCAAAGCUGCAGGAACAAGCACCAUCCUAAAGGAGUACGACGGCCGCUCCGAUCAUGUACCUUUUGUCGAUGCUGGCAUUCCCGUCGGAGGAACUUCGACAGGCCCAGAUGUGCAAAAGACCCCUGAGCAGGCUGCCAUUUUUGCCGGAACAGCUGUUGCUACCUAUGCCAAUUCCUGGGAAGGGUUCCCAAAAAGGACUACCAGCGUUGCAAAGAGAAGCUUAAUCCGCGCUAGAGAUAGUAACGAGAAGUCAUAUGCUUAA